AUGGGUAAUCAGCUCGUUGGUAUUGCGCCUUCGCAAAUAUACCCCGUUGAACAUUAUUUAAGCGACCAUGUUGAUUUAUGUUUCGACCAGAGCCUUGGAUCAACUAGAUUUUUCAAAGUGGCCAGAGCCAGGACAAGAGAGGGCUUGGUGGUUGUCAAAGUUUUUGCUAUACAUGACCCAUCUUUACCACUAGAGGAACACAAGGAAACUAUACUCAAAAUAAAGGAGCAACUUGCUUCCACAUUUAACUGUUUGCCGUUUCAGAGGGUUAUACUAACUGAUAAAGCCGGACUACUAAUAAGGGAAUAUUGCAAAUGUAGCGUCUACGAUAGAAUGUCAACACGACCCUUUCUCACUGUGCUUGAGAAGAAAUGGAUAACAUUCCAGGUGCUCUACACCUUGCAUAGGAUGCAUAAACUUGGCAUAUGCCAUGGUGAUAUUAAGUUAGAGAAUAUAAUGGUCACCUCUUGGCUGUGGGUGCUCCUGACUGACAUAGCAUCAUUCAAACCAACAUUCCUGCCGGAUGACAAUCCAGCUGAUUUCAGCUACUUCUUUGAUACAUCUCGACGGAGGCUUUGUUAUUUGGCACCAGAAAGAUUUGUUAGGGCUCCUGAUCCACAUAAUAGGCCUGGUGGUGAUGACAAAAUGGCGGGAUUAUUACUCAGCGAGUCUCCAUGCAAGAUUGGUGAAUUAGUGCCGAGUAUGGAUAUAUUUUCAACAGGCUGUGCGCUUCUAGAACUGUGGAACGAUGGCACCCCAGCCCUGGAUCUACCUGGUCUCUUAGCAUACCGUAACGGCGAGGACCGUCCCUCUACGAUGGACGUGGCUGCUUCCUCUCCGUCGGAACUUCGAGAUCUUUUGCUAUCCAUGACUGAACGAAAUCCAAAUGAUAGGAAAAGCGCCGAAAUAUACCUGGAUGAAGCUAAGUGCAGGUUAUUCCCCGAAUACUUCUACUCAUUUCUCCAGCCGUACAUGCAAAUCUUCUCGGCUCAGCCUAUCUUACCAGCGGACGAGAAGAUAUCUCGCAUUCACCAGGAUAUAAGAAACAUAAUCAACAUCUUCACUCAACCGUCGAACGCGAAGAACUAUCAGGAUCUAGUAGAUGAAACCACAGAUAAUAAUCAGAAGGUGGAAAUUGACACGCUGGUGAAAGAAGGGUUCAAGGUGAUGACGGUCAACGUGGCGGAUUUUGAAGAAGAGGUCGAAAAACCACCAGACAAAGUCGAGCAAGGCCCAGAUAGCGAAGGGCUAAUCCUGAUUACAUCAUUAGUGACGUCAUGCAUCCGAGGACUGCACCAUUGCACUUCGAAGCUGCAAUGUCUUGAGAUUUUACAGCUUUUAUGCGAGAAUUCGUCGUCUGAGAUCAUUUUGGACCGAAUACUGCCGUAUAUUAUUUACCUCUCCCACGCCCCCGAAGCCCGGGUACGAGCAGCAGCGAUUUGGUGCGUGACUCGAUGCGUGGGUUGUGUGGAGUCCCUUCCUUCGCAGGACUGCAACGUCUUCCCGGAGUACAUUCUACCAGAGCUGGCUCCUAGGGCUUCGGACCCGGCGCUGCCUGUGAGAAUUGCGUAUGCCAAUAAUAUAGCUAAGCUCGCGGAGACGGCCGUUCGGUUCUUGGACCAAACUCAGAACAUGGUCGACAAGGAGGCAGCCAACAUCAACUACGAGACAGAAUUAUCUGCUUUGCACGAAAUGGUCCGUUCGACUGUUUCAUACUUAUUGACUGAUUCCCAAGCUGUCGUGAAGAGGGCGCUGGUGGAGAACGGAAUAACCAAGUUGUGUGUCUUCUUUGGGAAGCAGAAAGCAAAUGACGUAAUCUUAUCACACAUGGUGACGUUCUUGAAUGACAAGGAGGAGGCGGCUUUGCGCGGCUGCUUCUUCGAGAGGGUGGUGGGCGUUGCAGCGUACGUCGGGCAUCAUGCUGCACCUAUAUUGCUGCCACUUCUGCAGCAGGGUCUAACGGACCCAUCGGAGUGGAUAAUAGCAAAAGCAAUACGUGCGAGCAGCUCUCUCGCCGAGUUAGGUCUGCUGCCGAAACAGGCUCUGUGUUCUUUGCUAGCCGAAAGCGCGGUCUAUCUUGCUCAUCCGAACCUAUGGAUUCGCCACGAAGUCUGCGGUCUGGUGUCAUGCGUAGCCAAUUUGCUCAACCCAAUCGAUGUGAACUGCAAGAUCCUGCCGCUGGUGUGGCCGCACCUUAAACAUAGAUUAAUUCAGGUGGAAAGGGCGGAAUUAUUGCUGGAGAGUCUAGCAGAAUCCAUUCCCAGGAAAGUGCUGGAUGCUGUCCUGAGACACGGUGACGUGGAUAGACUGGUUCACACUCUCAGGGAGAGGAAAAACGCUAGGCUUAGGGUGAAACAGGGUAUGAUGCCGCAGUAUUCAGAAAUGGGACAACAACUGAAGAAUUUGUUUAGAAGACUGAGCUCCGAUGGAAUGACAGAACACGUGGAAAACCAGCUGCUGGCGAUGAGUGCUCACCUCAUUAAAAUACAAAGCUCCUCAACACAGCACAUAACUGAAGCCCCCGGACGUCUAGUGCUGUCCGCCGGCGGUCUGUCUCGUUCCGUCCAAUUGGACAAUUCAGCUGAUACGGCCCCACACAAUGUCCACGAUAAAAUGUACGCCAGUACACAACAUAGGCGUACCCAGAAGACGUCCGUAGCCCACGAGGCCCACAUGAAUACUGAAUGGCAACACAUGUUUGGACAAGCACAAGAACAGGCGGCGGGCAAACCCACAGACGUGUUAGCACAAUCCACAGUACCGGGAUCGCAAGUUGGCGCAGUGGGCGGGGCGAACGCAGGCGUAGUUAGCACAAUGGGUGGGGCCAGCGUGUCUGCGUCUGCGCCGGUACACUCGCAAAUGGGACACAGCGCCAGUUAUGUGCAAUAUAGUAUGGCCCCGUGUCGGGUCGAAUUGAGAAACUUGAUUAGCCGCACUCAACAGAAGUUUCAGAAGAGUCUAAGGAGUCAAGAUGAUACAAUAGAAAGCAGCGACGACCUGGUACCACCUGCCACUUGGCGGCCCGGGAACCAGCUCCUGGCAUAUCUUCAUGAGCAUAAAGCACGAGUCAACCAACUGGUGAGGUUGCCGGCCCAUCCGUCGUUCUUCGGCUCCUGUUCUGAUGAUGGAACCGUCCGGUUGUGGGACGCAGCGCGUUUGCAGGGACACGCCUAUGUCAACAAGUCUAAAGCCACUUUUAACCGCAGCGCCGGCCCAGUGAUGUCUCUCGCUGCGUGCGAAGGUGGACAUUCUUUAGUGGCUGCCACACAGGAGGGAUCCGUUUUUGUACUAAGGUUAGAUACCGGGUCGUCAAGAAUGACUCUAUCCCAAUGUCGUCAGUUGGAAGCGAGCGAAGAAGGGGGGUGUGUGGCGUGCGCGAGCGCAGGCGGCGUUCACGCUGGCGUGAUAUCCUAUGCAACGCUCAACGCUACUAUUGUAGGCUGGGAUUUGAGAUCACCGGAUAACGCGUGGAAGUUGCAAGGCGACCUAAAGCAGGGCGUGUACACGUGCCUCUACGCCAACAGCGCCGGGUACCUCGCGGUGGGCACGUCGAGUGGCGCCAUCUGCGUUUGGGAUCUGCGCUUCCAGCUUCCCAUCACUUCAGUUAAACAUCCUAAUUCGGAAAGAAUACGACGUAUAGUCGGUUACGGAUCGCUCACGUCCCGUAUUUGGGCUGUGGGGGGUCGGGAUGCCGCUGCCUGGUGUGUCGAGAGCGCGCAUCGAACCCACGCUCUUUGGCCCUCUACUGCGCCGCAUCCACCACUGCAGUAUACUGCGCCGGCGUCUCAGUAUAUAAGCGCGGCGUACAGCGGUAGUAGAGACGGCGGUCGUUUCAUGAUCACGGGCGGUUCGGAUCUGCGUCUGCGUCUCUGGGACUUGAGGCAGCCGGAAGACUCGCAUGUGCUAGUGCAUGCACCGCAUGACCACGCGCCUUCGCUUGCCUACAGAAGUAGAAUUAUAGAUGGCACCACUGUGAUCCAGGAGUGUUGCAAGACCACCCCAUCCGCGCCUCCAUCUCUGAUAGAUGACAACGUGUAUCGCACCGUCGAAUCCAGGACCUUCUAUCACACCGCACCGAUAACGGACAUAACGCUAGUCGAAGCCAACAAGUGCUAUCUAGUCAGCUCCUCCGCUGACGGUGUGAUAAACGUCUGGAAAUGA